AGCCUUUGUUCCAGCCUUCCUCUCACUAAUGGAGCUAUGUUUUAUUACUCAAUCCUAGCCGUGCCCGUCAUCUCAGGUUUGCUGACAGAUCUCAAUUUACCCCCUAAUCUGCUUGAGUAUGCAGUUAGGAGUAAUCCUGAAUUGAAGAGGAACUGCCAAGACAACGAUUGUCAACUAGAUAGUAGCAUCCUUUUUAAUGGUCGGUGUUGGGGAUAUGAAGACGGUUGCGCAUAUGAGAACUCAUACUCGGCUGAGCUGGGUUGGCCAAUAUGUAAAUCGCCAUCAAAACGUGACCAAUUCUACAAGCAAGGUGAUUUUGGUUACAUUGCUGGAUUCAAACCAACAAAUACCAUCUGCCAUUCAUCUACGGAGGAACAAAGCCGGUUGCAAUGUUCGGAGGAUCUCCGCCAUUGUGUUGGGCGGAACAUCUUCAUUCAUUUCAAAUCAUGGAAACCUCAAAAUUCCAAACGGUAUCGCGAAGAUAUAAUCCAACCAGGAGAAGUUGGAGGCAACUGCGAAAAGUUUUAUCCCGAAGUACUAAAGGAGAAUAUGAAUGAAAAAGGCUACCUAAGAAGUUGGGCCGAUGAGUUGCAGCACUUUGAAUCUUCCCCUGAAUUUUCUGUCGACUAUGAACACUGCAAUGUGAUCUUCGAACGACCCACCAUCGUCAUGAAAUUGGACGCUUCUGUGAAUAUGUAUCAUCACUUCUGCGAUUUUGUCAAUCUCUACGCUUCGCAACACAUCAAUGGAUCAUUCAGCCAACAGGUCGAUGUAGUUUGGUGGGAUACUCAUAGUGGUGGCUUUGUCGAUGCUUUUUUCGGUGACACCUGGAAAGCUUUUUCCGAUUCUAAGCCUGUCGAAUUGGCAGCUCUUGCUGGACGUCGCGUAUGCUUCAAAAACGUACUUCUACCGCUUUUGGCUAGACAACGUUUUGGACUUUACUACAAUAUGCCUUUGGUGGAAGGAUGUUCUGGAUCGGGGUUAAUGCAUGCCUUUGCUCAUCACCUUCUCUACCGCCUAAACAUCUCACAAACGGGACCGCUCCUAGAUAGUGUGCGAUUAACUAUAUUAUCAAGAAGCACAAAGUUUAGAAGGAUACUUAACUUAGACGAGGUAGGUGAAUAG